UCAUCCCCGGCCCGGCGGGACCCUCGGGACCGGGGGGGACCCGCGGGGAGCCUCGGGCGCUGCCGCUGUGCCCUGGCCCAGCCAUGGCUCCGCUCUGGCUCCUGCUGCUCCUGCUGGCAGCGCCCGCCCGCGCCACCUGGGACUCGUGCGACGGAACGUGCGGUCUCCAGCCCAUGGCCGAGGAGUUCGGCGGCGGCUCCGGGCCGGUUCCCGGGGCCUGGCCGGGGCUGGCGAGCAUCCAGGACCCGCUGCGGGCCGGCAGCGGCCACGUCUGCGGCGGGAGCCUGAUCGCGCCCGGCUGGCUGCUGACCGCGGCGCGCUGCCUGCCCCGGAACGUCACCGCCUGCCGGGUGGUUCUGGGCGCCGCCGACCUGAGCGACCCCGGGCCCGAGGCUCAGGUGCGGCGGGUGCGGCGGGCGCGGCUGCACCCGGGGCUGGACGUGGCGCUGCUGCAGCUGCAGCCGCCGGCGCGGUGCAGCGACUUCGUGCAGCUGGGCUGCGUCAGCCGGGCCGCGGAGCGGCGGGGCACGGAGGGCAUCGGGCCGUGCUACACCGCGGGGUGGGCACCGCUGGCCGGCACAGCCCCGCCCCGGGAGGUGAUGCGGGAGGCGCAGGUGCGGCUGCUCCCGCCCGAGCUCUGCGACAGCGCCGGGAGCGCGGCCCCGCCCCAGGUGUGCGCGGAGCGCCCGCGGGGCGGCUCAGACACCUGCCAGGGUGACCCGGGCGCGCCCCUCGUGUGCCGGUUCCGGGGCUCGGGCCCGUUCUGGCUCCUCGGUGUCACCGCCAGCGGCCGCGGCUGCGUCUUCACGCCGGCCUGGCUCUUCAGCCGCUGGAUCCUGCGGCAGCUGGAGAGCCCCGAGCCCAUCGACACCUUCGCGAGCACCGGCAGGAGCACCGGCGGCAGCGCCGGGAGCAACGGGAGCGCCGAGAGCAGCGGCGGGAGCGGCCCGGGGCUCGAAGAGCCGAGCGCGGUGCUGCUGCGGUUCUUCUCCGUGAUGCGGGACCUGAUCCGCUUCCUGCGGGACACCGCGGGCGGCUGA